AUGUUUCAGAUUUCAAAAGGUAAAGAUGGGAAAUGGGUUGUAGAUAUGUUUGACAAUGCACACAAUCAUGAGUUUACUAUGAGUCCAAACAAAGUUAUAAAGCAUCGUUCUCAUGCAAAGUUUCACAGCUCGGAAAUAUGCAAAUCUAUAAUGUCUGACCUUGGAAAAUCUGGAUUGCGCCCAUGUCAAAUAAAGAAGGUCGUGAAUAAUUUUAAAACUCCUUCUGAGAAUGAUGUUACAUCAAAACAAUGUGCCGAUAUCUUAGCUGAACAACGGAAACAUCAUAAAGGUAAGGAGUUUUUUGGUGUCAUCAAGCAUUUCCAAGAAAAACUACUUAAAGAUCGUAACUUUUACUUUUCGGUGGAUUUGUUUGAUGAUGGCUCACCUAGAAAUAUCUUUUGGGCUGAUGGUAGGUCAAGGGAUUCAUAUAUAAAGUUUUCCGAUGUUGUUGUCUUUGAUGUGACUUAUAAAACCAACAGAUUUGAGAUGCCCUUUGCACCAUUUAUUGGGGUAAAUCAUCAUUAUCAAUCAAUAAUUUUUGGUGGCGCAUUGUUGGAAAAUGAGAAGCAGGAAACCUUUGAGUCAUUAUUUAAUCGUUUCUUAGAGUGCAUGUUUGUCAAACCCCCGUCUGCCAUAAUUACUGAUCAAGACAAAGCUAUUUGCAAUGCGGUACAGAACAUAUUUCCAAAUACUCGACAUCAUUACUGUUCAUGGCAUAUGAAGAAACAUGAAUUGGAACAUCUUCCUUUUCUUAAAUCGCGUUACAAUGGCCUUCAUGAAUUGUGCUGCGAAUGGGUAAAGAGUACUACAGUUGAGGAGUUUGAAACUCGAUGGGAGGUUAUAAAUGGUCAAUAUAACUUUGAAAGAAACUGUUGGAUAAUGGAGUUGUAUCAAAAGCGUCAGCUUUGGGCUAAAGUGUUUCUAAAAGACUGUUUCUUUGCUGGCAUGACAACAAGUGGGAGAAGUGAAAGCAUCCACUCUUUUUUUUUUGAUGAUUUUGUUAAUUCAAAGACGAUGUUGAAUGAGUUUGUAGUCCAGUUUGAUAAAGCUGUUGAGGCUCGAAGGAAGGCUGAGGAAGAUGCAGACUUCAAGACAAUUGAUACAAAGCCAUCUCUUUACUCUGUUAAUCCAAUUGAAGCUAAAGCCGGUAAGCGUUAUACUAUAAAGAUGUUUGAGGUUUUUCAAAAAGAAUGGAUAGAAGCUACGAAUAAUUUAAGUCACGAGACUAUAACCAAGACUUCAAGAGAGAUACAAUAUAAGGUUGGACAAGUGGAUGUGGAGAAAAGAUAUUGGAGAAAUGUAAAUUUUUGCCUCUCAGAUAAGCUAGAUGUUACGUGCUCAUGUGCUAAAUUUGAAACAUACGGGAUAUUAUGCAAGCAUAUUUUAUAUGUGAUGAAGAAGAAUAAUGUUGAAUCCCUUCCAGAUCAUUAUAUUCUACCUAGGUGGACACUCGACCCAAGGUACAAAGUGGAUCAGGUGGAACUUCAAGAUAUACAAAGUGAAGAUGUCGUUAGUUCCUUAAUUUUGUGGUGUCUCCAGUCAAAAUUUACCAAAGCAAUUGAACAAGCAAAAGACUCUCCUACUGAGAUUAAGAAGCUAGAGGCUAUCUUGGUGAAGUUUUUAGAAGAGCAGAUGAUUCGAGUUAAGCAUACUGAGUCAAAAAAAAGGAUCACGAGAUUCUAA